UAGCGGCCCAACAGCAUCAGAGCUCAGUGAAGAUGGCGGCUCUGUGGACGAUGCUGUCAACAAGACUUUGAAUUCUCGGGUUUUCAAAAAUAACUUAGCGGGCACUUGAGUCCCGUGUUUGGAUAGCCGUGCUGGAGAAAAGGUCUGCGGGCUUCCGUGUUAAAAGACUGAUUUUUACAAUGGAGGUUCUUCAGCUUCUUGCCGAGUCGUUUGUCUGCACUGCACGCAUGAGACGUUCUUCCCUCUGAAGUGCUUCGGUUGUCUGCUCCUGAUCAGAGACUUGGAUUUAUCUCAAAUUGUCACAAACAUGCAGAGGAACCAACGAAUUUACAGACUGACGGACUAAAAGAAGGCUUUGUCCACAGAAAGAGGAAUAGUUUGGGUCUCAUGUCCUGACCAUGGCCAGGCUGGUCCUCUGCAGGGGGCGCUGUUCACUCUCCUGCCCCUAACGGAAGCCACUGCCGAAAGCACCCGUAUUAACGGACCAUCAGCCACCCGACUCCAUUACAGACCAUAAAGAAGCCUGUCAUAUCGAGAGGUACAUGUUUGUAGGAGCACGAGGCAGCAGAGUGGUAGGAGAGCAAAGGGAGGAGAAAAACAGCUGAUCCUUUGAGGAGAGGUGGAGGCGGAGGAGUGUCAUAAGGAGCAAGAGCGAGAAACCCAAUCUUCUUAAGCCGAGCUGAGAACGAAGCUGAUACAGAGUGUGCUGGAGAAGGAGUGUGUGCUUGUAUGUGAGUAUUCAACAGUCCGGAAGCCUUUGGAGAAGUACAUUGACUCAAGGUGGCUGGAGACAGCAUUUGUAGCAGGUGGCACGUCAUGGGCUAUGGGGGCCAUGGUGACUUAGCGUAAAUGGCUGCUCUUUGCCCGAAGUCUGUGCCAUUGCGUGCUGCUCAACCCUUUUUCUCCUUCCUCCUUGCCCCCUGUUUCCUCUUCCUCUGGCUGCAAGGCUCUGCUCUGCCCCACCGCUGCGCCUGUCCUGCGCUCUCUCGGCGGCCAUGGGCCUGUGGAAGCUCCUGCGGGGCGUCAGGCAGCUGGAGCUCCAUCGCCUCAUUCUGGUACUCAUCUUCUUCUGCCUGCUUUCCAUGGCCUUCUUGGCUUACUACAUCAGCAACAGCCCCAAGAUAAAAGAGGCACCUCCACUGCCCUUUAGUGAGUGUGGUGGGGUGGUGGCCGCAGGAGAUGGGGUACAGCGAGCCCCCCUUUUUCUCCCCCCCUUUAGCGGUCACCAGAGGACAGUCAAACCAGUAGAUAACUCCCGCACAGAGCCCGUGGUGCUAGUAUUUGUGGAGAGCAUCUACUCACAGCUAGGCCAGGAGAUUGUGGCCAUCUUGGAGUCCAGCCGCUUUCGCUGCCACACAGAGAUCGCCCCCAGCAAGGGAGACAUGCCAACACUAAUGGAACGCGACCGGGGCCGCUAUGCUCUUGUCAUCUAUGAGAACAUCCUCAAAUAUGUCAACUUGGACGCCUGGAAUCGUGACCUGCUGGACAAGUACUGCUCCGAAUUCAGUGUAGGCAUCAUUGGCUUUUUCAAAGCCAAUGAAAAUUCGUUACUCAGCGCACAGCUCAAGGGCUUCCCGCUCUUCCUCCACUCCAACCUUGGUCUGCGGGACUACCGCAUCAAUCCUGCUGCUCCACUGCUCUACAUCACCAAGCCUAACGAGGUGGAGCAAGGGCCACUGCCAGGAGAUGACUGGACUGUUUUCCAGUCCAACCACAGCACCUAUGAACCUGUCCUGUUAGCCAGCACUAAGUCAUCAGAAGCCCUUGCUCACUUGGGCCCCCAUCGAGCACUGCAUGCCACAGUGAUACAAGACCUGGGUCUUCAUGACGGCAUCCAGAGAGUUCUUUUUGGCAACAACCUUUCAUUCUGGCUGCAUAAGUUGAUUUUUGUAGAUGCCAUUGCAUAUCUAACAGGAAAACGACUCUGCCUAUCUCUGGAAAGACAUAUACUUGUGGAUGUAGAUGACAUCUUUGUGGGCAAGGAAGGAACACGCAUGAAGGUGUCAGAUGUGAAGGCUCUGCUCAACACACAAAGCAAGCUGCGAACAUUAGUCCCUAACUUUACCUUCAACCUUGGAUUCUCUGGAAAGUUCUACUAUUCAGGUACUGAAGAGGAGGAUGAGGGGGAUGACAUGUUGCUGCAGCACAAGGAGGAGUUCUGGUGGUUUCCUCACAUGUGGAGUCACAUGCAGCCACAUCUCUUCCACAACGUCAGCGUGCUUUCGGAGCAGAUGAGGCUCAACAAGCUUUUUGCACAGGAACAUGGUAUCCCCACAGAUAUGGGUUACGCUGUGUCCCCUCACCACUCAGGAGUGUAUCCCGUGCACAGCCAGCUCUAUGAGGCCUGGAAGAGUGUUUGGGGGAUCAAAGUGACCAGCACAGAGGAAUACCCACACCUGAGACCAGCACGCCAUCGCAGAGGCUACAUCCACAAUGGAAUAAAGGUAUUGCCCAGGCAGACGUGCGGACUCUUCACCCACACUAUCUUCUAUAAUGAAUACCCAGGAGGUUCCCGUGAAUUAGACAAGAGCAUCCGCGGAGGAGAGCUUUUCCUCACUGUCCUUCUCAACCCUAUCAGCAUCUUCAUGACUCACCUCUCUAACUAUGGCAAUGACCGCCUGGGCCUUUACACCUUUGAGUCUCUGGUCAAGUUUGUGCAGUGCUGGACUAACCUGCGCCUACAGACUCUGCCCCCUCUGCAACUGGCAGAAAAAUAUUUCCAGAUCUUUCCAGAGGAGAUGGACCCUCUUUGGCAGAACCCCUGUCAUGACAAGAGACAUAAAGACAUCUGGUCCAAAGAGAAGACCUGUGACCGGCUACCUAAAUUUCUGGUUGUUGGUCCCCAGAAAACAGGAACUACAGCUUUGCACUUGUUACUUACCCUGCACCCAGCCAUCAUUAGUAGCUUCCCCAGUCCUGUCACUUUUGAGGAGGUUCAGUUCUUUAAUGGGCCCAACUACCACAAUGGCAUUGACUGGUAUAUGGACUUCUUUCCCUUUCCCUCAAAUGUGAGCACUGAUUUCAUGUUUGAGAAGAGUGCCAACUACUUUGACACAGAGUUGGUCCCCAAAAGGGCUGCAGCCUUAGUGCCCAGAGCCAAGAUCAUCGCUGUGCUUAUAAACCCAGUCGACAGAGCCUACUCCUGGUAUCAGCACCAGCGAGCUCAUCAGGACCCAGCUGCCAUAAACUACACCUUCCACCAGGUGGUGACAGGAGGGCCGUCCUCUUCUAAAGAGCUGUUGGUGCUGCAGAGCCGUUGCCUUAAGCCUGGAGAGUACGCCGCUCAUUUAGAGCGCUGGCUAGUACACUUUCAGUCCAGACAGCUCUAUGUAGUAGAUGGAUCCCUACUACGCUCCAACCCUGCCCUCGUGAUGGAGGGCAUCCAAAGGUUCUUGGGGGUGACGCCCAUCUUCAACUACACCCAGGCUCUCAUGUUUGAUGAGAGUAAAGGGUUCUGGUGCCAGAGGAUGGAAGGAGGUCGUCCAAAGUGUCUGGGGAAAAGCAAAGGCAGGAAAUACCUAGAAAUGGCGCCUGAGACGCGUGCCUUCCUGAUGGAGUACUACCGGGAACAUAACCUGGAGCUGCUGCGGCUGCUGAACCGGCUGGGGCAGACGCUUCCCUUGUGGCUCAGAGAGGAGCUCCAGAGCAGCAGCUGGAGCUGAGACGGUGGCCCCAGGCCACUGAAUCUCAGCCAACACACACAUACACACAGGACCCCCAGGAACCUCAGAGACACUUGAGGCUGUCUCAAUCCCUCCUGCCCCACCAUUUAACACUAUAGUAUCAAAAACACUAUAGUGAGAGUGAUGAGAUGGGGUGGCUAAAGGGCAUAAGUGGACUGCUGAAACGAGAUCUCCUGGCCAGGAUGCUCUCAUUGGUCCUGUCUGACCUUUGACUAGGGAUGGUAAUUGCAGUCUCAUGCUGAUGCAGCUCCCGUCUGUUUUACGUACUGACACUUCACACCAGGACCUGAGUACACCGUAGGCCUGGACAGCAUGAAUGGACUAGCGACAGGAGUGAAUUACUGAUAAACACACACAUGCUCGCCUUGCUCAUCUCUUCAGAGGAAUGAUUGUAAAGCAUUGUACAUUUUAAAGCAUUGUAUAUUUUGGGUCUGGUUGGGUGGGAUCAUGGUGGAAUAGACAUGAACUCAGCCGUGACAGCAUUAGUGUACAGGACAGAGCUCUGUUUGACUAGGGCGUGUAAAGAACGCUUGUCUGCAGCCCCUCUCUUCUCCACGCACCAGGACUAUGCACAGAGAACUUUGACAUGUACGUGUAUAUGCAAGAGCGGAGUGAGGUAGGGUAAAGUCUAGCCUCCAAUCAUAAUGCGGACAGAAGAGUCUGUCUUAAGUAAAUUAUUAGCUCCAGUCUAAAAAUUAUUUUAUAUAUGCAAUUUUCCCCGUUUCAGUCUUGAUUCUGAGUGCACACUGUGUGACCAGAUAGAAGGUAGUUCAUGCAAAAGCCAUGACAGUUCUGUUCUAUGUAAGGAGCUGUGAGUGAUGGAGGGAGAAAGAGAGAGAGAGGAGAGGGGCUGCACUAUGAACCUGUGGUAAGUCCUACAAUCUUGCUGUCUACUCUCACUACUUUUAUUUUUUAUUUUGUAAAAAAAAUAUUUUAAAAACACCCAACGCUGUAUCAUCUCUAAUAAACUCUUAGAGAGGUUGGAA